CAAGUACUGCCCGUCGGCCAUGGUUUCGGGCAAAGAGAAUUGACCGGUCGAGUCAUUGCCUUUUAUUCUUAUAGCUAUACAUAAUCUGUAUAUCAAAGCAUUCUUAUAAGGUUUAUAUUCUAGCUUGAAUCAUUCAAGCUAGAAUAUAUAUAUUUAGAGAAAGAGAGUAUAGAGGACUAAAGUUGGAUUCAAUUACAUAUUCAACUUGAAAAGUACAAGAAAACAAAGAGCUAGUGAGUUACCCUUCAUUAAGAAUAACUGAAAUAGGAUUGUAUUGUAUUAUAUUGUUUUUGCUACAGUUGUUGUUUUUUUAUCAAAGGUAUUUGAAGUUUUCAACUUGCAAGUUUGCCGUCCAUCCAUUGAAGAACUGUUCAAUCAAUUGGUUUUAAAUUUAUUUUUUACUGUCAUUGUGAUUUUGAUUGUGCCUGUGAUUGUUUGAAGAUCAAGUAUGACAGCUCAACGGGUGGCAGCAAAAGAUUACAAGAGGGCUGCUUCUGUCUUGGUGGAAGCCUUUUAUGACGAUCCAGUGUCUCUUUACUUGUGCCAUUGUAGCAAUGACAAAGAAUAUAGAAAGCUGCUUCAGGACAUGAUGGAGUACAUUGUGUAUGCGCACAUCAUGCGCGGCAUGGUCUUGCAAGCGGAUGAUUUCUCCGGUAUUUCCUUGUGGAUGGGGCCUGGAAAUAACAUGGAUGAUUGGUAUUCAAUUUUACGAAGUGGCAUGUGGAGACUUAAUUAUCAAUUGGAUGCGGAAGGCCGCCAUCGAUUCUUCCGCGAGUUUCUGCCCAUACUUCAUGAUACAAAGGCGGAAAUCCUCCAGCAAAGAGAUGAUUCUUCCUGGUACCUAGUGUACAUUGGCAUUCUACCGAAUAAACAAGGGAAAGGUUGCUUCCGCAGACUUGUACAACCUAUUAUGGAUCUCUGUAACCAACAGAAUCUUCCUAUCUAUUUGGAAUCCAGUCAUCCUCACAAUCGUGCUAUUUACGAGCAUUUUGGAUUUAGACUCCAAAAAACAAUUUUUCUAAAGCGCGAAACAAAUCAUAUUCCCCUUGAAAUCAUGGUUCGUGAAGCAGAUCCUUUGCUCGGCUCCAACACAAAUCCUUCACAACCUGUUAGCACUCCUGCUAGUCCUUCAAAUCAUAAUAAGAGCAAGGCCAUCUCUAUCCCUAUAGCUUCCGUUUACUAAGCUUUCCAUUACACCGAUCAUGACAUGCUUUUAUUUUUGUUGUACCGUCACGGCGGUUUUCGUUUGAGUUUUUUAUUUAUAAAUGAUUUUACAAGUUACGAAUAUAAAUGACCUUCAGUAUCUCCAUAAACAAAAAGGUGGUCGUCUGGUUUUUUUCUAUUUUUCGUAACCUCCGUACAAGCAUACCAUCCUUCGGUAGGAGAUGCAAUUUUAACCGGCCCAAAAUAGAUCUGUAUAAAAAUAGUCUUUCAUUUUCAUUCUUAUGAAUAAAUUCAAUCCAACUACUUUGUAAUCAUUGCAUAUAGUCAUUCCGUUUGUACACUGCGCUGUUCC